GAUGACUGACGAUGCUUCUUUGUAUAUUCUUUGUAGAUCAUGCUACAAUGGCUGGUGCUGUGCGUCCUGCUUUGUGGGGAAUUGUUCCUGGAAGUUAGGGCUAAGACUGUAUGCUACGGUGAUGAGUUCAAAAUCUCCUCAGACUUCUAUUUGUAUAACCGCAUAUACUUCACCCCAAACAAACCUGGAGCUGACAGGAUCCUGCUAUUAAAUGAAACUGAGGUGUAUGACCCUCAUUACGAGUUGAGAGGCUCAAAACUCGUCAUUCGAGCAGUGAAAGAACGGGAUGAAGGGACAUACUACAUGGAGUAUUUGAACCAGAAGCUUUUUCAAUUUUCCAUCGAACUAAAAAUCAGAGACUGCUCUAACAAAAGGUCUUUGACUUACGGAAAUUCCUUCAGAAUUUCUUUGCCAUCUCGGAGCAUGAGCCUAGAGUUCUCCUCUCGCUCUGGUUCUCCUGUUGAGCUGUGGAGCAGGACGAGGCAUCAGCCGAGUAGGGGAGCACUCCGGAACCAACAGUGGAUUCUUGACAGUGUGACAUCAGCUGACCAGGGCCACUACACAGUCUGGGACCGUGAUGGGAGGAUGGUGUCCAGAACUCAUCUGGAAGUUGUUGCGGAGGACAUUGAGCUCACAGCUGAGGUGAACAGUGAGAUAACCAUCCAAAUAACACGGGAUCCAUCUGAGACUGAUAUUGUCCUGCUCAGGGAGGGAGAGAGAGAUAUGCUUGUGUUUCAAAAGGGUUACAUGCCUUAUGAGGCGAAGAAGUUCUUCCCAGGUGGCUAUAAUCUGGAUAACUACUGGCCCUCCAUGUCCUAUUUUGAGUUAUGGGACCUCCAAACCCAACAUUCUGGAAUCUACGAAGUUCGCGACUCCACAGGACAUGUUGUGCGCCGAAUAGAUCUCAAAGUGAUUGAUAGCAACACUGCCAAAUACAUCAUGAUUCCCUUUAUUGUCAUCUUCCUUGCCAUUGUACUGUGUUGCCUUUGUAAAAAGAAGUGCUGUAAAAAGCAAAGAAAGCCGUCCACCCCCUCAGAAACUCCAGCUCCGCCUGCUGACCCUGCACAUCGUGUUUACUACCACGAUCCUGCUAUUGUGUCACCUCCAGGAUACUCCAGUCAGCCAUCAGCUACAGGCUCAAGCACCACCUGGGGUUACACUCCUAUUGUUUCCACACUUCAGAAAAAUGAGUCGAGCGAGAUUGUGACGACAGCUUGUGUAGUACCACCACAGCCUGAGGUGUCGGAUGCAGAGACAAAAGCUGCACCCACAUUCUCUCUGGACACAGACUGUUUACACGUGUCUGAUCCAGGCAGCCAGUUUAAACCUCGGGGGGGUGUUCAAUACGGAGACUCUUUCCCCCUCAGUUCAGACACAGCCAUCGAGCAUGUCUACAAUUCUGAUAAACUCAAUUUCCUCUAGCGCUAAUGUGUGUCAUGUUCUCGUUGCUCUGGUGAGAAUCACAGUGCGAAUCUCAGAUUUCUCUAAAGGAGAUUGUCUGGGCCCAGAACUGGAUCAGAAACCUUUGACUUGUCUCCAUGUUUCAAGUGUGAAUACAUAUAUGCUUAUCUGUAUCUUAACUGAAUAUGGAAAUUGAAGGCCAUAGAAUAGUCAAUUGCAAAGUGAUGAGGUAUGUCAGAAGUUAUCCAUAAGAUCCAAAACCGGACUAAGUGGGUUUUAUCAGACGUGGUUUCAUUUUGGUUUAUGACCAAAUCUACCGAUUUGAUUCAAAGCCAUAAAACUUUAGAUCACAUCCCAGUGGGAAGUCAGACUCUGUGCAUUUGAUUCAAAGCCAUAAAACUUUAGAUCACAUCCCAGUGGGAAGUCAGACUCUGUGCAUUUUUUUGUCAUAUCUUGUGGGUAAUCUUCAGCUCUAAUGUACAAUUGUCCAGUCCUUACCUUUAUUGCCUAUAAUUUUGUUUUUGAGUUGGGUUAUUCUUAUAUAUAUAUAUAUAUAUAUAUAUAUAAUUUUUAUAUGUGGACUGAAUAUGUGUCUCUUAGGUUUUCUCAAUUUUAAUAACUUAAGCUCACUUCAUAUCUGGGAGUAUUAUCACUCUUGACACUACAGGAGCUCUACAAAUACUCUUUUUGCUAAUAUGGAUUUUAAUGGCUUUCUUUCUGAUUUUUUUUUCUACUGGCGCCUAGUUGUUGUUGUUUUUUUUUUUGUUUUUUUUUAA